AUGCCGGCGCAGGUUUGGAAAGUGGAGCUGGGGAAGGUGGCGCAGGGGGAGGCGGAGGAGGCGAAGGUGAAUCAGGGGGAGGCGGAGGAGGCGAAGGUGAAUCAGGGGGAGGCGGAGGAGGCAAAGGCGGAGUACGCGGACUCCGGGGGCGGGGAGAAGGUCUCGGACGGGGGCGGGGCCGUGCGUGCGCGGCGACCGCUUCCAGCAUUCGCCGAUUUGCCAGCAGCGGCUCCUCCAGAUUCCUCUGCCGUGCAACCGGCGAUCCUUCCGUUCCGGUGUCGUCCAGCACUGCGCGCCGAGCCCAGCGCGUCUCCUCGUCUUCAUGCAGGCUGCCGUGGUGCCGGGUCUCUGCCGCAGCGCGCCGUGUUCGAGGAUAACUCAUCGAUUGGAACGUAG